ACAUAUGUUGAUGAAAAAAAAAUUAAUAAAAUUUUUUAUAUAUAAAAAAAAGAACAGGUAACUUGGGUUGUUUUGCUGCAGGGAUUAGUGAAGUCUUCCUAAACUUUUUCCUUCGUUACCGCAAACAAUCCUUUUUUUUUUUUACCCAAUGAAAGUAAAACAGUUAAAUUAAAAGUUCUUGUGAUUAAGUAAUGGAUGCCUUUGUUGUUAUCCAAAGAAAACAACCUAACACCUGGGAAUUUCUAGUGUUAUCUUGGAAUUGGACUGUGCUCCCAUGUUCCCCUCAUCCAGUUUCCCCUCGGAGCCCUUGAAGUCAGUGCCAUCGCUCUGGAGGAUGAUAGAGGAGCAGUUAGCACCCAGCGAGAGACUGGAAGUGAAGACUAUCUUGGGAACUGAUCUUGUGGACCACAGCUUGGAGCUUCAUGCUGAGGUAAAGACUCUCUUGGAAUUCUAUCAGGAAUUGCAACUGGACCAUUCUGAGCAAAGGCCUGAUAACUGUAUCUUGCUGGCUGCUCCUGCCCACUUAAAAGAACUAGUAAGAGAGGAGAUUCGAUUACUUGUGAUUGGCUUGCAGCAAAAGGCAUUGCAGGAGGGCAGGGACCACGAUUGUGCCAUUGCUAAAUACAACGCACACGUGAUCAAUUUUGCUUUCAAGACAAAUGCUGGAAGUAAUCGGCCAUCAUCUGGGAGCAACAAUCUCAUCAGGUCAUUGCCCUGUAGGAGCGCAAAUGAUUUGGAACCAUAUUCUGAUAAACUGAAUAUAACUCAGAUUGGCAAGAUAGCCUCUAGACUUAGGACUUUGGUAGAGGAUGAAUGCCAUGUUCUGGAAAGAUACAUUACACAUUUACAGAGCCAACUAGAGGAGGUGCAUCAGAAUGCUACUGAACUGCAAGACACAAUGCAUGAACCUACCCUGGCUGAACUGCAGGAAGAGAAACGUGCCAUGGAGCGGGAUUUACAAUUGAGCCUGCCCAAGUCAUCUCCUAGGCCUCCUUCCCCAAUGUCAAACCAGUUUGGGAAUAGCACCCAUUUGUCUCAACUCAGCCAUCCAAGAGGCUUAGUGAAAGAGCCAGGAUUUGGACAGAUCAAACCUGCUUCUAAUGAGAUUCCUUCACCAGAUUCCAGGGAUCAGAUUUCUCUACUCUGCUAUCAGCCGUCAUCCAGAAGGAGCCAUUCAACAAAAACCCCUUUGGGAUGGAUGCCUCAAAAGAGGAAGGAUUCCAACCAGGAAAGGAAGGACAGUGACACUAAGCUGCCUACAACACUGGAACUUCCAGCUGCUUCAGUUUAUAGGGCAGCAGCAGUAGCAGCAGCAACAGCAGCAACAGCAGCAGCAGUGUGGGAACCUGCUUUUCAUCCUGUGCCUCCUACAGAACCUUGUCCUUCGUCUCGCUUUUGUUUCCGUGUUAGAUUGUUGCAAUGUAAAGGACCGAGCUAAGAAAAAAAAGAACUUCCUUUUCCUCUUGACAUCUCACCACUUGCUCUGUGGCAACAGUGCCCAUUGAAACCAUAUGCUGCUGUUCCCUAGGCCUGAAAUGGGUUAAUGUUGGUUACUAUUGUCUUUGCUCAUUCUUAUGUUCAAAUCCAUGGAUUCCAAAGGAAGUAACAAGGCCAUGCUAAAUACCCUUCUUCUGUACAGAUAAGUGUCCUGGGAGUGCAGCAGUGCCCUUGGGAUCCUUUCUCCUCCUGCUGCUCAUCUCCAUUACUCAGUACAAUAAUUCCAUUAUAACAUUAAAGUAAAGGUAUGGCUCCUCAAAUCGCCCUUCCGAUCCCACAGAAAGAACUGUACAUCCUGAGUUCAGGAAUAUAAAUUUCAUUAAAAUCUAUGAGACUUUAACAAUCUA